AGUAUUAAUCGUUACGCAUGGUGAAAUUUUUGUGUUGCGUAUGCAAAACAUGGUGUAAAGAAACCUAUAUGAAAAAAGAUGGAUAUAUACUGGGUUAUUUUGUUCAUAUCUCUGGUAUCCUUAUUAAUAGAAAGGUUAGUGAGAAAAUUAAAGAUCAAUAACUUUAAUCAGCGUUAUGUUGUCGUUACUGGAUGUGAUACGGGGUUUGGAAACAUGCUUGCUAAAAGGCUUGACGCCAUGCAAUUCCAUGUUUUUGCUGGAUGUUUUACAAGCAAGGCAGUUACGCAGUUGACCGAAGAAUGUUCGCAGAAUAUGACAGCUAUACAAGUAGAUGUUUCAAAAGAUGCAAGUAUUGAACAAAUGUUGGAAACAGUUAAAAGAAAACUACCCAAAGACAAAGGACUUUGGGCUGUUGUUAAUAAUGCUGGAAUAACCGGAACUGCAGGGCAAUGUACCUGGCAAACGAGACAAGAUUUUGAAACUGUGUUAGCAGUUAAUUUUUAUGGUGUUGCUAUGGUAACAAACGCCUUUUGUCCUCUGAUAGUGAAAGAACGUGGCCGUGUUGUGAAUGCAUCAAGUAUGAUGGGACGAAUUGCAUUUGGCCAGGCUACAUACGUCGUAUCAAAGUAUUGCGUGGAAGCAUUUUCUGAUGUACUCAGACGAGAACUUUACAGAACAGGGGUGAAAGUAUGCAUAGUUGAGCCUGGUGCAUUUAAAACUGGAAUAAUUGAUCCAAGUGCUCAAUUAAAAAGACUUGAAAAUAAAGUCAACAGCUUGCCAGAAGAAAUAAAAGGGAAACUGCGAGAGGAUUACAUCAGCAUAAGUAUGGCCAGAUUCACGAAAGCAACUUCUAAUGCCUCCACUAACGUCAAUGAGGUUGUCGAUGCCUACAUGCAUGCCAUUACUGCAAAGUAUCCAUUGAAAAGGUAUUUAGUUGGCACAGACGCAAGAUUUUUGAUGCGGGCACUGUGGAUGCUUCCUGAAUGUGCAAGUGACUUCAUCAUUAAUAAAUUGAUUGGAAAGGAUAUAAAUAAGGAGUAG